UGUGCCGCGCAUUGAGUUCUGAGCUAACGUCCGUCUACUUCUACUUUAUUAUACAACUGGUGUUUUGUGCAAAUCGAAUCGAUAGGCCUCCAAGUUCGAGGUCGAUAACUCGCGUAACGUGUGCCUUCUACCGUGUGGUUCAAGUUCAGUGUCAAUGCCUUGCUAAAGGAUACCUGCGGAGUUUAGCCGUACACACCGGGAUACAGGACUCAGGCGCGAACAUUGGCGAAGCACAGGAUACAUUAAGUGAAAAUUGUUUUUAAAACUGAAUUGGUGUUGUUGGUGUUUUUACUUAUUAACUAACUGGUUUGGAGGUGAUCGGAGAGUGAUUUGUGUUCAAAGGAAUUGAGAGAAGACUAGAAGUACAAUAAAAAACAAUGAGUUCAAAACUUGAUAAUCUUGCGAUCGAGCAUCGAGCCAACCCACCACUGCCUGGUGAUGAAAUCGUCAUUUCCGGCAUCGCUGGACGUUUCCCGAAUUCGGACAGUGUGAAAGAGUUCGGUUAUAACCUGUACAACAAGAUCGAUAUGGUGGAUGACUUGGAAACUCGUUGGCGCCACAGCAAUGUCGAAAUUCCACGCCGUAUGGGAAAGGUCAACAACCUGGAGAAGUUCGAUGCUACAUUCUUCGGUGUACACUUCAAGCAGGCUCACACCAUGGAUCCACAGUGUCGUAUACUGGUAGAGCAUGCCUACGAAGCAGUCAUCGAUGCUGGUGUGAAUCCGAAAACGGUUCGUGGCUCGCGAACUGGAGUGUUCGUCGGGGCCUGUUUCGCUGAAUCGGAGAAAACUUGGUUCUACGAAAAGAUCUCUUCGGGAGGUUUCGGAAUUACUGGUUGCUCACGAGCUAUGAUGGCAAAUCGAAUUUCCUACACUAUGGGAUUGAAUGGUCCAUCUUUUCUUCUGGAUACUGCUUGCAGUAGCUCCAUGUAUGCGCUGGAUUGUGCCUUCAAUGCUAUCCGUAAUGGCGAGUGCGAUGCAGCAAUUGUCGGCGGCUCCAAUCUGUUGCUGCAUCCAUACGUAACACUGCAGUUCGCUCGUCUAGGUGUUCUGGCAUCCGAUGGUUACUGUCGGCCGUUCGAUAAAGACGCUUCAGGUUACACACGGUCGGAAGCCAUCUCUGUAGUGUAUCUUCAAAAAGCUCGGGACGCCAAGCGUGUCUACGCUAAUGUUGUCUAUUCGAAGACAAACUGUGACGGAUUCAAGGAGGAAGGUAUAACGUAUCCGUCCGGUUCAAUGCAACGUCGAUUGCUCACCGAGUUCUAUCAGGAGAUCGGCAUUGACCCCUCUACCGUAAACUAUGUUGAAGCUCACAGUACCGGUACCGUUGUGGGUGAUCCCGAAGAGUGCGCCGGAUUGGACAAAAUUUUCUGCAAAGGACGCAAAAAACCGUUACCCGUAGGAUCGGUAAAGUCAAAUAUUGGUCAUUCGGAAUCAAGCUCGGGUAUUUGUUCGAUCGCUAAGAGUGUGUUGGCAUUUGAAAACUUGAUGAUUCCACCUAACAUAAACUUUACGGAACUCAGGAGUGACAUUCCCUCGCUAGUUGAGGGUCGUUUGUUUGUAGUUGCGGAACCAAUACCGUUGGAUGGUCCACUGAUCGCUGUGAACUCUUUUGGUUUUGGAGGAGCCAAUGCUCACGCUCUGCUCAGAGGAAACUCGAAGGAGAAGGUCAACGGUGGUGUUCCAGAGGACAACCUACCGCGAUUGAUUACCUGGUCUGGUAGAACUGAGGAAGCUAUCGACGCAAUCCUAACCGAUAUGAGCAACCGUCAUUUGGAUGCGGAAUAUGUCGCGCUGUUGCACAACGUUCAGAGUGAAUCGAUUCCCGGAAAUGUGUUUCGAGGUUAUGGAGUCUAUGCCAAGAACGGGAAUGAAAAUGCUAUGUGUCUGGGCCGUGAUUGUCAACAUUACACGGGUCUAAAGCGUCCCCUAGUUUGGGUAUUCAGCGGUAUGGGUUCCCAAUGGACUGAGAUGGGUAAUUCGUUAUUGGAUAUUCCGCUUUUCCGGAACUCGAUCGAAAACUGUCACCGUGUACUGGAGAAGAGAGGCCUCAACUUGAUGGAGAUCUUGACCUCCAAGGAUUGUAAAUUCGAGAAUAUUUUGCACUCGUUCGUCGGAAUCGCCGCUGUUCAGAUUGGCAUCGUCGACGUUCUCCGUUCGUUGGAUAUCGAGCCAGACUUCGUGAUCGGGCACUCUGUCGGAGAAUUGGGUUGUGCAUAUGCCGAUGGUUGCUUCACGGCCGAACAAAUGAUCCUGUCGGCCUAUUCCCGCGGUAUGGCGAGUUUGGAAACGAAAACUGUGUUCGGUUCAAUGGCUGCCGUUGGAUUGGGUUACCGUAAGAUCCGAACCAUGCUACCAUCGGGUAUUGAGGUCGCCUGUCACAACGGACCGGAUUCAUGUACAAUUUCGGGCCCGAAGGAGAAUGUGGAAGCCUUCGUGAAAGAGCUUACAGGCAAGGGUAUCUUCGCCAAAGAGGUUCCCUGCUCCAACAUACCAUACCAUAGUAAAUACAUUGCCGAAAUGGGACCACGUCUGUUAGCACGUUUGAACGAGGUGAUUCCUGAACCGAAGAAGCGUUCAUCCAAAUGGUUGAGCUCUUCGGUACCAAAGAUUCGCUGGGAUCAAACAGAAAGCCAAUACUCAUCGGCUCACUACCACACGAACAAUUUGUUGAGUUCGGUUUUGUUUGAGGAAACCUCGGCACUUCUUCCCAACAACGCAAUGACAAUAGAGAUUGCUCCCCAUGGUCUUUUACAGGCCAUUUUGAAGAAAUCGAUGCCGAAUGCUGUCCACAUUGGACUAACCAAGCGCGGAAAUAAAGACAACGUGCAGUACUUGUUCAACGCUCUUGGAAAGUUGUACGUCAACGGGUUGGAUAUUCCUGUGUCUCGACUGUAUCCGCAGGUUCAGUUCCCGGUAUCUCGUGGAACACCGAUGAUUUCGCAUUUAGUUCGAUGGGAUCACAGCGAAGACUGGUUCGUGACGAAAUUCGAGAUGCAAAAGUCCUCCAAGAGUGGCGAGCGGCGGGUAAAGAUCAAACUGAGCGAUCAGGACUACAGCUACAUCGCAGGGCACGUAAUCGACGGACGUGUGCUGUUCCCUGCAACCGCCUAUCUACAUCUUGCCUGGGAAACACUGGCUAUGGUGCAAGGUCCCAUGUAUUUCGAUCUGGAGGUCGAGUUCGAAGAUGUUAAAUUUUUGCGGGCGACCUCAAUCGCAAAAGAUCAGGAAAUCGAGUUUACCGUUAUGCUUCAACCAGGAACGGGUCGAUUUGAGAUCACCGAGGGAUCGGCAGCUGUUGUGACUGGAUACGUGAAGCACGUAGAGAACAUUCAGCUCUCGGAGAUCCCGGAUCCACCGGAGUCCGAUUACCCGAUUCUGCAUGCCCGCGAUUUCUACAAGGAGCUGCGUCUUCGAGGAUAUCACUACAACGGAGCUUUCCGAUCGGUAAAAGAAGCUCGCGCGGAUGCUCGUUGCGGAAAGAUCAACUGGGAGUUGAAUUGGGUAUCGUUCCUAGAUUGUCUACUACAGUGUUGCAUCGUUGGCAAGGAUACCCGUUCGCUUAUGAUUCCAACAGGACUGGAACGUCUACGAAUUGAUCCUAAAAUGCAUCUGGCCAUCGCUAACACAAUGGACGAAGGUCAACAAGUGUUUGAUUUCAAGUACUCCGAAGUGCUAAACACAAUACGUUGUGGUGGAAUCGAAAUUAUUGGCAUACAGGCCAGUACCGUAGGACGCAGGAAGCCUCCGGGCUACCCUGUACUGGAGUCUUAUCAGUUUAUCUCGCACAUCCCUGCACCGAAGAUGUCCAAAUCAGAUGCUGUUCGAGUGUGUGUCCAGUUGGCCCUGGAAAACAUCCCCGUUCCGAAAGUGAAAGCCGUUGAGGUGGACUUCCAUAAUGACACACCGAUCACACCUCUCUUCGCGGAAGCCUUGGGAGAUCUUCCACUCGUAACAGCCGAUCUUAUGUUCCUUUCGCAUCAACAAAUCUCACUCGCAACAGUACACGUAGAAGACGGUAAACUCUCUACACAGUCCAACUGUCUCUUCCUUGUUUCAGUUAACUGCUUAAGUCGUCCGGAAUUGAUUGAGGAAGCGGCUAACAGUCUGCAUGAUAGUGGAUUCAUUCUCUCGCGGGAGGCACCAAAUCUAGCCCCGGAGAGUAUAAUUUCACCAUCCGGAUACCAACUCAUAGCAGUCAUUCCCGUUGAGAACGAAACAUACGUGCUUCUGCAGCGUAUCAAGCGCAAGUACAUGGGAAGUCCUACAAUAAUCAGUCUUCCAGCUAAUGAUGAGCAAUAUCAAUGGAUCCCUAAACUUCGGGACGCUAUGAAACAAGGAUCGGUUAUCGUAGUAUCCCAAGGGGAUCGCCUUUCCGGAGUUAUCGGACUAGUGAACUGUAUUCGCAAGGAACCGGACGGUGGAAUGGUUAGCUGCGUUUUCGUAGAUGACCCGAAAGCUCCACCUUUCGAGCUCGAUAACCCGAUUUAUAAGGUUCAUCUGAAGUUAGGCCUUGCAAUCAACGUCUAUCGAAACGGUCGUUGGGGAACGUAUCGUCAUCUGCAGCUGCUGCAGCCGGCAGUCACGAAGCCUAGACGUGAUCACUGCUAUGCUAACGCUUUAACCAAAGGUGAUCUGUCUUCGAUGACAUGGUUAAGUGGACCCUUCAAUCAGCGUCGGCCGAAAGGUGAAAUGGUGCGAGUUAGCUAUAGUUCGUUGAACUUCCGAGAUGUGAUGUUCGCUUCCGGUAAGCUGUCAGCUGACUUUGCUAAUUUAACCCGUAUUGAGCAGCAGUGUGAGCUUGGUUUCGAGUUCUCUGGAGUGGGCGAAAGUGGUCGUCGGAUUAUGGGUAUGAUUACCACUGGUGCUAUGGCUACCCACGUGGAAUGUGAUGACACCUUGACCUGGACUGUCCCGGAGAAGUGGACGCUGGAGGAAGCAGCAACCAUCCCCGUAGUCUACACUACUGUCUACUGUGCCCUGUUUAUCAAUGCACAUAUUCAGAAGGGUCAAUCCAUUCUCAUACAUGCCGGUAGUGGAGGUGUUGGACUGGCAGCUAUUCGAGUUUGUCUAGCGUACGGUCUAAAAGUGUACACUACAGUCGGUAGUCAGGCUAAGCGAGAUUUCUUGCUGCAGACAUUCCCACAACUGCAGGCAGAAGAUAUAGGUAACUCGCGUGACACUUCCUUUGAGAAGAUGAUCAUGUUCCGCACCGAUGGAAAGGGAGUCGACUACGUAUUGAACUCGCUGUCGGAUGACAAACUGCAGGCUUCCUUGCGUUGCUUGGGCAAGUAUGGAAAAUUCUUGGAAAUCGGCAAAUACGACAUGGCCAAUGACUCAAAGUUGGGUUUGAAUCGUUUCCUGCGAGCACUGUCGUUUACUGCUGUUUUGGUUGACUUCCUCUUCACAGCUCCACCGGAGGAGAAAAUGGUUCUGAAGAAUAUGCUGGACAAGGAUAUUAAAUCGGGAAUCAUUGUUCCACUGAAGAGUAAUGUGUUUCCGGCGAAUGAUAUUGAGCAUGCUUUCCGGUACCUGGCCAGCGGCAAACACGUCGGCAAGGUUCUACUGAAGAUUCGUGAGAACCCGAACGACGAUGAAUCGCUGCCGAUAGACUACCUUCCACGUAUGUACUGUAACCCGGAUCAUUCCUACGUAAUUGCUGGGGGUUUGGGAGGGUUCGGUCUUGAACUAGCGGACUGGUUGGUACUUCGUGGAUGCCGUAAACUAGUGAUGAGUUCUAGUCGAGGUAUUACUAAACCGUAUCAAGCGUACAGAAUCAAGAUCUGGGAACAAUACGGAGUUCAGAUUGUUGUGAACACCGAGAACAUCGCGACCAGAAAGGGAUGCGAAGCACUGUUGUUAGCUGCCAGCAAGCUGGGCCCUGUUGGCGGAAUCUACAAUUUGGCUGUUCAGCUUCGCGACAGUAUCUUCGAGAAUCAAACCGUGGAGAAGUUUGCGGAAUGCAUGGGUCCGAAAGCGUUGGCUACCAAGUAUCUGGAUGAGUUGAGUCGUAAGCUGUGCCCUCGGUUGGAAUACUUUAUCGUGUUCUCCAGUGUUUCCUGCGGUCGUGGAAACGGUGGCCAGAGUAAUUACGGUAUGGCCAAUUCUGUGAUGGAGCGAAUCAUCGAACAUCGUCACGCAAAUGGUCUUCCAGCCAAGGCUAUCCAGUGGGGAGCUGUUGGAGAGGUUGGUUUGGUUGCCGAUAUGCAGGAAGAUAAGUUGGAUAUGGAAAUCGGUGGUACCUUACAACAGCGCAUAUCAUCUUGCCUUCAAGAGUUGGAUCCCUUACUGACAACUCCGGAUCCCAUCGUUGCUAGUAUGGUUGUCGCCGAGAAGCGCGUUCGAACCAGUGGAAAAGAUAAUAUCAUCGAAUCAGUGAUGAACAUCAUGAGUAUUCGGGAUAUUAAAUCUGUGUCGAUGGAUACUACGCUCUCGGAACUGGGCAUGGAUUCGCUGAUGGCAGUUGAAAUCAAGCAGACACUGGAACGAGAGUACGAGCUAUUCCUUACGCCACAGGAUCUUCGUUCGUUGACGUUCAUGAAGCUGCAGGAGUUGACAGAAGCCAAGGCAAGUUCCGAUGAAAACGUCAAACUGAAACUGGCUAACGAGAAAACACCGACUGGAGUUGCUAUGUUGCUGCGUAAUCUGGGUGAUGAGUUUAACAGUGAACACACCAUUCUUCGAUUGCAGUCGGAGAACGACUCAAAGAAAUACAACGCCUGUGUCUUGUUAACACCUGGAAUCGAGGGAGUCGCUGGUAAUGCCUGGCACAAUAUUGCCAGCCAACUUACCUUGCCUACCUUCAUUACGCAGCUAACGAAGACCAUCAACAUGACCAGUAUAGCAGAGAUUGGUGAAUUUCUGGCAAAUGAUGUGAUCGAAAACGUGUUCAAAGGAGCCGAACACUUCUAUCUAGUUGGUUACUCAUUUGGAGCCUUCAUCACGCUGGAACUAGCUCGACUGCUUGAGGAAACUGGUAAACGUGGACAAAUCUUGCUGAUCGAUGGUGCGCCCAAGUUCCUGCACAAAUUAGCCGUUGAUCAAAUGUCAGAAAACUGGACUGAAGAAUCUAUUCAAAUCGUUUUGAUAGCCGGCAUUCUUAACACAAUCUUCCCCGACGAAACUACCGACGUGCUGCCAAUCAUUACCGAGUGUACCACAUUUGAAUCACGUAUCGACAAACUGCUCGAGCUGGCCAAAGAUCAGAACAUCUACUCCGAGGAGUAUCUGCGUAUGAUGACGAAGGCACUGUUCAACCGUAUCAAGAUCACCCUGCUAACCGAUGUUAACAAAAUCCAACCCGUGGAAUCGCCCAUCACGCUGGUUCGUCCCACCGAAGUUUCCGUCGUAGAUAUUGAUGAGGACUACGGUUUGUCCGAGUACACCAAAGCCAGUGUUAGCUUGAAAUUCCUGGAAGGUAAUCACAUUACCAUGUUGGAAAACCCGAAGCUCACCCAGAUUAUUACCGAGUCGGAUCCGGUGUUGGAAUCGGAUCGCUCCUUCCAGAAGUAUCUCCAGAGCAAUGUUAUCGCUGAGUAAACAUCCCAUCGUAGUCGCAUCCUCUUCUAUUCGACAGAACAUCAACCAAAAAGACAAAAAAGAAAUGGCACCAGCAGUAAGAUGAACCUCCGAUAUUUCUCUAAACUCUACAUUCCAGGCACCUCAAAUUCAGUUUUAAAGUAAAAACAACUAUUUAUUCGUGACAAUAAAAGUUAA